CUGCGAGGUUUGUGGGGCUUGAGGAGUGAAUUUUCAUUUCUACACAUACAGGAAAGAGGAGAAGGGGGGGUUAAGAGCGUGAGAAAGGUUCGCGAUGGAGUAGGUGUGGUAGAACUAGUGGUAGUGUGGGAAGAAAGAAACCGAGAUGAGAACCUCGACGAGAGAACGAGAUGAUGAGUAGAGACACUCUAUGAUGGUUCAGAGAUACCUUCAACACCAUGCAUGUCAAGAUCGCGGGCACAGAUGAAAAAGGAGAGAAGUCACUCGACCUUCCCUCCUCACCUUCACGUACAAACGAUUCACGAAAACACAGAGAAAGAUGUUCGAAAAAGGUUCUUCAAUACCACCCCGACACCACUAGCUACAGCUACAAAAACUGCCUGCUAUUCUGUCUUCUCAUCUCUGUAUUCUCAUCAUCAUCUCAUCUCUCUCCACACCAUCCAUCAAUCAAUAACACAAAUCUCUACAGCACAUCCCAGCACCAAUAUACUCAAACAAUCAAUAGUUUGCACUGCAUUUCAUUUCCACCGCUGCUGUAUCUCCGUAUCUGCCUGUUCUUCCUUCCAAUUCAUUCACCAGCUUCAAUUUUUCUCUUCUCAUUCCCUCUCAUCCUCCACUCCAAAGUGAAAGACGCAAGACCAAAUUGUAAUUUCAAUGCGAAGGCAAGAAAGCAGAGAAACCCAAACGCGAGAAGAAGCCAGGGAUUAAGAAGGAGGUGUAUAGGUGGAAGCUCGUACAAGGAAUCGAAGGUAGUAAGAUUCGAAGAGUGCUGAUAUGCUGUGCAAACGCGGAAUGCAAUGAUGAUGCAGGGAGGUUUCUGAUAUGUACUGUUCUGUAUUGGGAUCGAUUUUGCGG